AGCACGGAACUUUAAAUCGUUACCGCUCAGUAUCAUCCGAACGCUGUUCGAAGUCGGAACUGUGCUAGCAGCAGUGGCAGCAACAGAAACAGUAGCAACACGCCGGAGGAUAAUAGCCUUCAUUGAAGGACAACUCGCCGCAGGUACCAUCGAGCCCCCGUGCAAGCGACCGCGCCCUGACUAUCCGUGCUACCGUCAGAUCAUGCUGAGUGGUGGAAAAGUACUAUCCGGCACGGAUGUUGCUAAAGAUAUACGCGAAAAGCUGAAAAAGGAUGUGGCCGAAAUUCGGCGCCAGGUGCCGACACUCGUGCCCGGAUUGGCGAUCGUGCAGGUUGGUGGCCGCGAGGACUCCAACGUGUACAUUCGCAUGAAGAUUAAGGCGGCCGAGGAGAUCGGCAUGUACGCCGAGCAUGUUCAACUGCCGCGAUCGACCACGCAGGAUGAGCUGCUGGCUACGGUCAAGCGACUUAACGAGGACCCAUGCUUCCACGGGAUCAUCGUGCAAAUGCCGCUGGAUUCGGAAACACCGAUCGACGCACAUCUUAUCACCGAUGCCGUUUCACCGGAUAAGGACGUUGAUGGCCUCAACACAGUCAACGAGGGUCGUGUUGCGGUCGGUGAUAUGAACGGGUUUCUGCCUUGUACACCGAACGGUUGUAUGGAGUUGAUCAGACGAACCGGAACACCGAUCGCAGGAUCUUACGCGGUUGUGAUUGGGCGUAGUAAAAUUGUUGGCACGCCCAUGUCCGAGCUGCUAAAGUGGAGCGAUGCAACCGUUACCGUGUGCCAUUCGAAGACAAAGAACCUGAAUCUGUUGAUCAAGAAGGCGGACAUUCUGGUGGUAGCUGUUGGGCGCCCAGAAAUGGUCCGUGGCGCCUGGAUCAAACCCGGUGCCGUCGUGAUCGACUGUGGGAUCAACUCUAUUCCUGAUCCGACGAAGAAGAGCGGCCAGCGGCUGGUCGGAGACGUGAAGUACGACGAGGCACUACCGGUUGCCGCGCACGUAACACCAGUUCCUGGAGGGGUCGGCCCCAUGACUGUGGCGAUGCUGAUGCAGAACACCGUUCAGUCUGCUCAGCGCGUUGCCCGGAGAUUGGUCGAAAUGGAGUUCCGCUGGUGUUUGAAAACUUUGCCGCUUAAGCUGACCGAACCUGUUCCGAGUGACAUUGAAAUUGCACACGGACAGGAGCCGAAGGAUGUGGCCGUGUUGGCACAGGAGAUCGGCAUCAUACCGUCGGAGCUGUCUCUCUAUGGUACGAAGAAGGCUAAAGUGUCUCUGAAAGUGUUGGAUCGGCUGCAACAUGAGGACGACGGGAAGUACGUCGUCGUGGCAGGCAUUACGCCAACCCCACUAGGCGAAGGCAAGAGCACCACCCUUGUCGGGUUGGUGCAAGCCUUGUAUUCGCAAAAGCGUUGCAAUUCGAUCGCCUGCCUGCGCCAACCGUCGCAGGGUCCCACGUUCGGCAUCAAGGGCGGAGCGGCCGGUGGUGGCUACUCGCAAGUGAUCCCGAUGGAGGACUUCAACCUCCAUUUGACCGGCGACAUACACGCGGUGACAGCGGCCAACAAUCUGUUGGCCGCGCAGUUGGACGCGCGGAUCUUCCACGAGGCAACCCAAACGGACCAGGCGCUGUACGAACGGCUCGUGCCGGCCAUCAAGGGGUCCCGGAAGUUUGCCCCCAUCCAGCUGCGCCGCCUGAAGCGGCUUCGAAUCGAGAAAACGGAUCCGUACACACUGACACCGGAUGAGAUUAAGCGGUUCGCACGGCUGAACAUCGAUCCGCACAAUGUUACGUGGACACGGGUAUUGGACGUGAACGAUCGCUAUCUACGCAAGAUCACGAUCGGGCUGUCACCGACGGAGAAGAACCUGACGCGUGACACUAGUUUCGCGAUAUCCGUGUCGAGCGAGAUCAUGGCCAUACUGGCGCUCGCCACAAGCCUUGAGGACAUGAAGCAGCGGCUGGCGAAGAUGGUGGUCGCGUUCGAUAGGACCGGGGCACCUGUGACAGCCGAUGAUUUAGGAGUAACCGGAUCGAUGAUGGUCCUGCUGAAGGAUGCGAUCGAACCGACGCUGAUGCAAACUCUCGAAGGGACUCCCGUACUGGUGCAUGCUGGCCCGUUCGCUAACAUUGCGCACGGCUGUUCGUCCAUCAUUGCGGACGACAUCGCCAUGAAGUUGGUCGGAAAACGAGGAUACGUGGUGACGGAAGCUGGCUUCGGCUCCGACAUCGGCAUGGAGAAGUUUUUCAACAUCAAGUGCCGUUCGUCGGGCAAAGUGCCCAACGCGGUCGUACUCGUCACGACUGUUCGCGCACUCAAGAUGCACGGCGGAGGGCCGAUCGUUACGGCCGGAGCGCCGCUUCGCCGAGAGUAUAUGACCGAAAAUCUGGAACUGCUCGAGAAAGGAUUACCCAAUUUGCUGAAGCACAUCGAAAAUGGCCGCAAAUUCGGUGUUCCGGUAGUGGUGACCAUCAAUGCCCACGCCACGGAUACGCCGGGCGAGCAUGAGUUGGUUCGGAAGGCGGCUAAGGCGAGCGGUGCGUUUGAUGCCGUCGUUUCGCACCACUGGGCUAAGGGUGGCGAAGGGGCGGAAGAGCUGGCGCAAGCUGUGAUCAAUGCUUGCGCAGGUCCCACGUCCGAGUUUAAGUUCCUGUACGAACUUGAUCUACCUAUCGAGGAUAAGAUCAACAAAAUCGCAAAGGAGAUGUACGGUGCCGGUACAGUGGAGCUUAACAGCAAGGUCCGCGAUGCUAUUCGGCUUUACACCGAGAAGGGCUACGAAAAGCUGCCGAUCUGCAUGGCGAAAACUUCGAACUCCCUCACCGGAGACCCCAGCGUCAAGGGUGCCCCGAAGGACUUUAAACUCGUCAUCAACGAUGUUUGUCUGUCUGCUGGUGCUGGUUUCAUUGUCCCAAUGUGCGGCGAAAUCUCUCGCAUGCCCGGCCUGCCCACGAGGCCUUCGAUUUUCGACAUCGAUCUGAACACCGAAACCGGCGAGAUAGAAGGACUGUUUUAAUCCUCGGUCAGGCGUGAUCGUCAUGAUGAGUUUUAUCGUAGAACCAGGAAGGCGUUAUUUUUGUUUGCCUUUUCGUGCUCAUUGUCUUAUUUGUCGUUGACAAUCAAUUUUACCAACAGCCUGCAACGGACGCUUUCAGCUAGUUGUGUCUUCGGUUGAAUUUCCCUUUACCGUUAUUUUCAGAUCUGUUUCAAAUAAAACACUUCUCCCAAAGCUUUCUUGAUCCAGAAAUUCCGAGACUUUUAUUGAUCUUUUUAUUCGAGAACUAAUAUUUUCUUAUGGUCAACGAAUUAUAAUCAUAUCUACAACCCAAUUAUUUAAUCAAGAUUCAAUUAUUUAAUUUCUUUCAACCGGGAUUCAGUUCAAAGACAGACUCAAACGAUCUGUUACAGAAGAGAUGGAAAAAUUAACCUAGAUUGAAGAAUGUGAAACGUAAAAUCUAAAAUAAUUUUGUCAAAGGCAGCCAAAGUUGCUUAGAAAAUGAAGAAAAUUUGAAUUAAGAAGAAAAUGUUUUCAUUAGAAAACUUUGAGUUUCAAAAUUUAUAGAGUUUAAAGUUAUAAGAAGAUCCCCUAAUCAAUCAACAACUCAUGCACAUAUGUUGCACCUCAUUCAAUUCCCCCCUUCCGGAACUACCUUAUUCGGCAACAACCACUUUGAAAGGUUUUCUAUGAGCUUCCAUAAAAGUUUUGAAAACAGUGUGGCCUAAUUAUGAUCCAACAGUAAACGGAAACCGAUUUGAGCCUCGCGAUCACGAUGCAGCUUGGAGUAUAGAUGGAUGCGCACUACGGGCAACGACUGCAGCGAAACAUUGCAUAACUUGCAGGUCACUCCACCGUUCGGUAACGACACCGUUCUGUGAAUUGAAAGCAGAAAAUGCUUGACGAACAUCAAUUUCCACAAUGGACACGACGCUACACUUACGUUUGAACUAAUUCGUGCAAUUCCUGGCAGUGCCGUUGCAGGAAGUCGAUGCGGUCUGAUUUGAUUGGUCGUAGGUCAAGCUUUGGAUGCAACGGGUAUAGCGCCUUUUCAUAUAUAUUAAUAUUAAUUUGUUUGGACUUGCUCGAGCUUGGACCGCUAUCGCCAGGGCCAUUGUCCGAUUCCCACUUGAAAUCAUGCAUAAAACUGUUCUCAGUGAUGCUUCGCUCGCGCUGAAGGAUUCUUGAAAUAGAAGGAUAAGAAUAAGGAAUUUGUGGUUGUCAGAGUUGGAUGAAACAAAUCCAGAAAUAUAAUAAUUACUUAAUUAUAUACUCCUUCACUUUAGCCAUUAGCGAUUCGAUGCUAUACUCGCCGAAUAGUCGGGUUUUUUCGUUUCGUCCCAAAUGUAAAAUCGAAUCCAUCGUGUACCGAAGAGCAUUUAUCUGCGGAAAGAAAAUAAAAACACUUCCUAAUCACCUUAUCA